AUGGCAGCGGCGGCACUGACCCCGCGUAACCCGGGGGCCAGAACAGGAGCGUGGGUGGUUGGGGUUUCUGCCGUGCUGGGCACGGGGCUGGAUGACUUCUUUGUGCAGCUCUCUCAGGCUGCGGAUGAGUACGAGAGGGAGUAUCGUCCGGAAUAUGAGCGCCUGAGGAGAACGCUGGAGAAAGCUCAGGAUGCGCAGAAGAGGGAGCAGCUGGAGCACUUGCGGAAGGACAUGGGCAGCAUGUGCGUGCAGGGCGACGCACUGGCAGGCUCUGAUGACAUGUCUGCAAUGGGCCCCUCCGAGCUGAUCCUGACACGAGGAAUUCUUGAAGAAGAAGAGGAGAGGGAGAGCGAUACUGAUGACAUCGACCAUGAAGUUACGGAGAAGAGUCACGAAGAACCUGCCUUCAGAAACUUUAUGCAAGAGACACAGAUGAAAUACCAGCGAAGAAGGAACCCGAAUGAAUGA